AUGAGCAGCAUGACGAGCAUGAGUAGCAGCAACAGCAGCAGCAGCAGGAGAAGCAGCAGCAGCAUUAGCAGCACCAGGAGCAGCAAGAAGACGUGUGUUGCCCUUUGUUUGCUGCAGAGCGCAACAUGUGGGAUCGUCUCCUCCCUGGAGCUGGGAUCGCCUUUGCCUUCCGAUUGGAGUCCCUGGACAGACAUCUCCCAGGGACAGGAGGCUCUGCCGAUUGCUGCAAUUAAUGAUGUUGACGACGAACCCCCUCCUGCAGACUUCUGCUACCAGAAGCGAAAUGUUUUGUUUGGGCGGCUGCCCAGCGCGUUGAUGCUGUGUCUCUGCACCGGAUGUGUCCCUAAGGACGUAGACACCUCAGACUGGGAACGCAU